AUGGCACAAGGCUCCGAAGCUUCGAUGGUCCGAAUCGCCGGCGCCGGGUUCCGCCUGUCGCUGCUGUUGAACGCCGCGGCCUGUCAACUCGCACAGUCCAGACUCGAGAUACACAGCAUUGCCAAGGGUAUCUCGCUCUUUGCACUGACGCUCAAGCAUGUCGGACAGACCCUGAACGCCACGGGGAUGGAUCGGUUGCCAGAAGCGACCGAAAAGGCCUGGGAGAUUGCAGACCAGGGCCAGAUGGUUUUCAUCGAAAUCGAGCACAUGUUGGACAAGCUGAAAGACACCGACGCCCACGACGAGCUUCGCAGGUUCCCCCUGCAGGAGAGACUCAAAUGGUGCUUUCGCAAACAGCAUGUCACGUACCUAUUGGCUCAGUUAGAGUCGCUCAAGCUCGGUCUGAUUGUGAUGUUGCGCAUCUUGCAGCUGGGGCACUUGAUCAAAUCCUGCGCCGAUGAUGGCAAUUCAAGUGCGCCGGACGAUGCCAUUGCCCAGGAUAAGGCAGAGGCCCAAAAUAUGGUUAUCGUCCGAUAUUGGUCAGCCAAGCGCCUUGAUCGCCUGUGGGAUCUGGUGGAACAGGAAGCUCUAGACGCUGCCAAGGAUCCUACCAGCCAGAUGAUCAACUCGAGCUACUUGCCGAACACGACCUCGGCGCUGAGGCCGCUGAUUGACGUGACCAAGGGUCCCAAUUUGACCCGGCUCCCCGUUGUAACAUUCGGAGAGAGCGACGUGGGUCUGAGUGAUAUUGAACGAUCACCGAAGGAUAUGGUGCAUCUUUCUGAGAGUGCCAUGAUUCGCUUGCUGUCGCUUUGGAUGCCCUCACUGGAUUCUUCUAGAUUACUAGGCGCCGGGCGACCAGCCCAGAAAGCAUGUCCACCCCGAGUAGAGGUCCCAUCCGAUAGUGAAGAGUCCGAUGAUCUGGACUUCGACGGCCAUGGCAUCCGCGGCUACUUCCUGGAGGGGAAAACGGGGGACUGGCGCAAACCCCAGUCGCAGGCGGCUCGGCAACAGGCUGCGGAACGCCGCAAGCGAUACUCCAGCUACCAAGCUCAUGUCGACAGCGACCCGGAGUCAGAUGAACAUGUGCAGCGGCGGAACAGCCGACGAUCAUCACCUCGGGUAACAGACUCCAGCGACGAAAGUGACCAAAGAUCUACUAGCCGACGGCCCUCAAACGGCUCCAGCGUGAUCAGUGGCGGCCGAGUCCACUCCAACAGCGUGUCUUCCAGAUUUCCUCCACACCUUAACCCCGAUGGCAAACCCGCUGCAUAUCCUUGCGGCAGCUUCCCACCUCCAAACCCUCCAAACCAGGCUAUGCCCCGUUCCCAACCAUCACCGCAGCCCCAGCCCGCCCCGAUAUAUAUCCCAGGUUCUCCCCCACAGCCAUACAAAUAUCAUCCAACCCAGGAAUAUGGCAAUACACCACGCUCAAUGCCCAUCCACCAGCCGAGCACCUCUAAUACCAUGCCCAAUCCCUCACCUCGAGACACGCCCCCGGUCCAGUUCGAGCCGCCUUGGACGCGAGCCCCGACCUACAACGGCAAUAUGCUCCAGCCACGCCGCCACAAGUCUGCUUACCCGCUCUCAUCUUCGUCCCCCGAGCCCAGUCUUCGUCCCUCUCCACCGCGGUCUGUUCAGCGGUCUCCGUCGCAUUCCCACCGGCGGACAUCACGUGAGGAUCCCAAAGAGCGGCAUAAAGCUUUGACGCGAGAUGCGACUCGGGGACUGGUGGGGAUAGGGGCGAUUGCCGGGUUCAUGGAUGCAUUGGAGGCGUUUUCGAUUCUUUAA